AUGGGUCGACGCCAGCGCAAGCUCAAUAUUCUGCAAAACUUGGAUGGACUGGUAGAGGCCGGAGAGAUGCUUGUGGUCCUUGGGCCGCCCGGCUCGGGGUGCUCCACUUUCUUGAAGACGAUCGCUGGAGAGAGAUACGGCUUUUAUGUCGACAAGAACUUCGGCCUCAAUUACCAAGGUAUGGUGGAGAGCGCAAGCGUGUCAGACUGUCAGCAUCGCCGAUGCCUGCCUGAACCUGGCUCCGCUGCAAUGUUGGGAUAA